GCUAACUGCACUGAUCCAUUCACUGAAAAUCAAGGGAAGCACGGUGGAAAUUUCCUCCCCCUGCGCGUUGGAAUUACGUGAACUGGAGGAAUUCGAUCUCACCCUUUUGUGCAGAGCACUCGAGGAUCGUAUAAGUCACGCCGUAUUCGCCUCCAUGUUGUUGCUUGCACAGACACCGGGCAGAAGAAUAAAAUGGCUGAAACUCGGCGAUCCUCCUCGCAUGCAUCUGCAGCGAAUUUCCUGUUCAUCAUCGUAACAGCCACCACCAUAUUCAGCGUGACCUAUGCCAGCGAAAUACUCAAUGGGAGCUGCAUCCCAACCGAGAGGGCCGCGCUGCUCUCCUUCAAAGCCGGCGUAACAAGCGACCCAGCGAGCCGACUGGACUCAUGGAGUGGCCAUGGCUGCUGCCACUGGAGUGGUGUCAGCUGCAGCGUCCGGACCGGCCACGUCGUCGAGCUCGACCUCCACAACGAUCAUUUCUUUGCAGAAUUAUCAGGUGCUGAUGCUCCUCAUUCUAUGUCCGGACAGAUAAGUUCUUCGCUGCCAGCUCUCAGACAUCUCAAGCAUCUAGAUCUUAGCGGGAAUUACCUCGGAAACGGAAUGCCGAUACCAGAAUUCGUGGGUUCUCUCAAGAGAUUGACAUAUCUAGACCUCUCCAACAUGAAUUUUAUUGGUACAGUGCCUCCUCAGCUAGGCAACCUCUCCAAAUUGGUGCACCUUGACAUAAGCUCCGUUUACUUUCCUACUCACUCAAUGGAUAUAUCUUGGCUAGCACGUCUCCAAUCACUGGAGCAUCUGAAUAUGGGCACCGUGAACCUUAGCGCAGCAGUUGACUGGGUCCAUUCGGUGAAAGCCCUUCCAAAUUUGAUUGUAUUGAAACUCGAGUUUUGUAGCCUUAACAGUAAGAGCGCUCCGUCACUUUUACAACACAACCUUACCGUUCUUGAGGAGCUUGACCUGUCCCGUAACACUUUGAAUAGUCCGGCUGCACAAAACUGGUUCUGGGGUGUAACUAGCCUAAAGUGGCUACACCUGUUCAACUGUGGAUUAUCAGGCACGUUCCCUGAUGAGCUGGGAAACUUGACCUCGUUGGAGGCCCUUGAUCUUGGAGGAAAUAACAUGAAGGGGAUGAUGCCAGCAACACUGAAAAAUCUGUGUAGUUUAAGAUAUCUAUAUAUCGAUAACAACAAUAUCGGUGGGGACAUAACCGACCUAAUAGAGAGGCUACUGUGUUCUUGGAAGAGUUUGCAAGAGCUGAAUCUGAUGGAGGCCAACAUCAGUGGCACAACACUAGAAGCUGUGGCAAACCUAACAAGCUUAAGCUGGUUUGAUGUCACUAACAACCACUUGAGCGGUUCCGUGCCUGUGGAGAUUGGAACACUCGCAAAUUUAUCUGUCUUCAUCCUUACAAACAACAACUUGAGUGGUGUGAUAUCACAAGAGCAUUUUGCUGGUCUGACAAACUUGAAAGAAAUUGACUUGUCUUAUAAUAAUUUGAAAAUCAUCACGGACUUCGACUGGAUACCACCGUUCAAGCUGGAUAUUGCAAGGUUUGGGUCUUGUCUUUUGGGUCCAAGGUUUCCUGAAUGGCUUCGAGGGCAAAAUGGCAUUUCGGAUCUUAAUAUUUCAAGAACAGGUCUCAUUAGUACGAUCCCUGAUUGGUUUUGGACUACCUUUUCCAAUGCUGUACAUUUGGACAUCUCCUCGAACCAACUUAGUGGUGAGUUACCAGUUACUUUGGAGUCCUUGUCGGUCAUAACACUUUUUGCCCAGGCAAAUCGUUUAACUGGUUCAGUGCCGCAGUUGUCAAAUGAAAUUCAAAUAUUGGAUAUCUCCAGGAACUUUUUAAAUGGGUCUCUGCCAUCAAAUAAUCGAGCUACAAGAUUAUCGAUUGCAGUUCUCUUCUCCAAUCGUAUAACUGAGACUAUUGAGACGGCAAUUUGUCAAUGGACAGACUUGUGUGUCUUAGAUCUUUCAAACAAUCUGUUUGUAGGGGAUUUUCCAGAUUGUGGCAGAGAAGAGCUGAAACAAUGGAAGCCAUCUAGCGACAACUCUUCCAGGGACUCCAUAGAUUCUUCUGGUUCGAAAAUUGAAAUUCUCCUUCUAAGCAACAACAAUCUUUCAGGUGGAUUUCCUUUGUUCCUAAGACAAUGCCGAUCACUCAUUUUCCUUGAUCUAACUCAAAACAAAUUCACCGGGAAGUUACCUGCAUGGAUUAGUGAAGACAUGCCUUAUUUGCUAAUGCUACGGUUAAGAUCGAACAACUUUUCUGGUCGCAUUCCAAAUGAAUUAUUGGGACUUAUUGCUCUUCGUAUUUUAGAUUUAUCUAAUAACAGCUUCUCUGGGUCCAUACCGCGAUCUCUAGGGAACUUAACAGCUUUGACUGCCACUGUUGAGGGUUUCCAUGCUGAUAAUCCUUUCAAUGAAUAUUAUCUUUCUGGUCCUUUGACUAUGUCUAGCAAUGGACAGUUUAAUGACAGCCUAUCGGUUGUAAUAAAAGGUCAAGUGCUUGACUACAGGGAGAAUACCAUAUACCUUAUGAGCAUUGAUUUAUCUUGCAACAGUUUAGCUGGAGAAAUCCCAGAGGAACUAAGCUCUCUUGCUGGUCUCAUAAAUUUGAAUUUAUCAUCAAAUUUGUUGAGUGGAAAUAUCCCAUAUAAGAUUGGCAAUCUUCGAUCACUGGAGUCUCUUGACCUCUCAAAGAACAAACUUGAUGGUGUAAUUCCUUGGGGCCUGUCAGAUCUAACAUAUUUGAGCUACCUAAACUUGUCAUAUAAUAAUCUGUCAGGAAGAAUACCCUCAGGACAUCAACUAGACAUCCUCAAGGCAGAUGAUCCAGCUUCUAUGUACUUCGGUAAUCCUGGUCUUUGUGGACAUCCAAUUCCAAGGCAAUGUCCUGGUCCUCCAGGAGAUCCGUCAACACCAGGAGAUUCAGCAAGAUGGCAUGAUGACGGUCUCCCACAAAUGGAUUUUCUUCUUGGAUUUAUUGUGGGAUUUGUGGCGGGCGUUUGGAUGUUAUUUUGUGGCCUCUUGUUCAAGAAGAGAUGGAGGUAUGCUUAUUUUGGGCAAUUGGACAAGCUAUAUGACAAGGUGUAUGUCACUGCUGUUAUUACUUGGCGGAAAUGGUUUAGGAACACGGUUAGAAAUUAAGCAUAAACUGGCAAAGGUGUUGCUCUGCACGAACAUACUGCCACUUGAAUAAUACUAUAAGAGGGGGGAAGAACUUACUGCUGUAUUAUUUCUAUCAAAAAACUAGCACGUGUUUAGGUCUAUGUGUGCUACUAUUACUUUGUCCUUUCGUAUUAUUAUCAAGAAACUAGUACUUGCUCCGAUCAUGAAUUCUCGUCGUUGUUUUUGAAUAAUACUACUCCGUAUAAGAGGGAGUACGUGUUUAGGUCUGUGUGCUGUUAGUCUGUUACUACUUUUCGGUAAUGAUUUGCAAUCCACCGUCCAUCAAAUAUGGAGAUGUGUGAAGUUUGUUUUCUCAAAGUUUUUUUCUUUCGGAGUUGUAUCUGUUAAGUGUGUGUGUUGUGUGUGUAUGUUCUUCUAUAGGCCCAUAGUCUAGAGUAAGGCCCAGGCCCAUGUACUAGCUUGUAUAUCGUCUCUUUCUCUCAAUACAGAAAUCAGUUCGGCAUUA